GUGUGUGUGUAAUUGUAUCUGAAAGUGGCAUUGGGUUUUAUCUCCCAGCAGUAAAUAGAAUGAGGGAUGCUGCUGUUUGUUUGUUUGUUUUUGGGUGAAGGAGAUACAUCAGAUAGGACAAAUUUGUUUUCUUGUUUGGGGUGGUCUUUCAUUUCUGUUUGGCUCUGGGUAAGCAGAGCAAUUUUUUUUCCUCCCCCUCCCCUGAAAGCAUUUAGAUGACUUUGAAAAAGAAAUCUGUGUAUUUUGACAUAGGAAAGACUAAAGCUGAAUGUUUAACUUUUCUGAGCAGACAAGAAGAGACACAGCUGGAAAAAAAAGGCAUGUUUUCGGUGUUAACGGCUUAUAUCAGAUAACACUGGAGAAGGAUUUCUGGGGGAGCUUCUUUAAAAUGAUGACUGAUUAUUCGGGUUCAUAUGCCGGCUGUUACCCACAUUUUUCACAUAUUUUUGCUUAUUCUUCUUAUUACCUGCAGAGGGAGCUUGUAUAUGAGAUAAUCAGAGUAAUCAAGGCAUUCAGGGCUGAAUUGUUUCCAGUAAGUACAAUUUCAUUUCACAGUGUCUUCUCUGUUAGGCAGAGCAGAGAAGGUCUGCAAGAUAGCUUGUAAAAAGGCUGUCCAUCAGUAGCAGUAAAUAACAAUGGGCAGAAGAUUUAAAACAUCAGCAAACAAAAGCUGACUUUAGAAGCAGUUCAUAUUUAAAAGAAGUGCCUUAUUACUGACAGUUUAAAAAGGAACUGAGGAAAACAGUUCUUUCACAUUGAGGUGCAAGAGGACAGUUUUGGUACUUAGUAUAAUGGGAAGCAGAUUUUUGUUGCGUAAACUGUCUUCCCUGAUUCUAAAAAUGUCAUGUCAGCAUGAGAGAGACAGCACAAUGUUUUCAGGUCUUCGGUACAUCCCAUGCAGUGUAGUGUGCCAGCCAAAAAGCAAUAGGUAUGAAGAUGAAUAAUGCAGACCACUGGUUUCGAUGAUGCUGGCCUUUUAUAACUGGAUUCAUUAAGGAAUACAAAGAAAAUUCUUACAGGGAUCAAUAAUGGUGUCUUCUGGCUGCAGAAUGCAAAGUUUUUGGUUUCUGCUCAUUAUCAGCUUCCUGCAGUGUACUGAAGGUUUCAGCCGAGCAGCACUACCUUUUGGUUUGGUUAGGAGGGAGCUCUCCUGCGAAGGCUACUCUAUUGACCUGCGGUGUCCAGGAAGCGAUGUUAUCAUGAUAGAAAGUGCUAACUAUGGACGGACAGAUGACAAGAUUUGUGAUGCUGACCCUUUCCAGAUGGAGAACACAGAAUGCUUCCUUCCAGAUGCCUACAAAAUCAUGACACAAAGGUGCAACAACCGAACACAGUGUAUAGUAGUUACUGGGUCAGAUGUGUUUCCUGAUCCUUGUCCUGGAACAUACAAAUAUCUAGAAGUUCAGUAUGAAUGUGUUCCUUACAAAGUGGAGCAAAAAGUUUUUGUUUGCCCGGGGACGUUGAAAGCAAUUGUGGACUCACCGUAUUUAUAUGAAGCUGAACAAAAAGCAGGUGCUUGGUGCAAAGAUCCUCUCCAGGCUGCAGAUAAAAUAUACUUCAUGCCAUGGACUCCGUAUCGCACUGAUACUUUGAUAGAAUAUGCUUCUUUAGAGGACUUCCAAAACGGACGCCAGCAGACGACGUAUAAACUCCCGAAUCGAGUGGACGGUACUGGAUUUGUAGUGUAUGAUGGCGCUGUCUUUUUUAACAAGGAAAGAACUAGGAACAUAGUAAAAUUCGAUUUGAGGACUAGAAUUAAGAGUGGAGAGGCCAUAAUCAAUUAUGCUAAUUACCAUGACACCUCUCCAUACCGAUGGGGAGGAAAGACUGAUAUUGACUUGGCAGUUGAUGAAAAUGGCUUAUGGGUAAUUUAUGCUACGGAGCAAAACAAUGGGAUGAUAGUAAUUAGCCAGCUGAACCCCUACACCCUGCGUUUCGAAGCCACCUGGGAAACAACAUACGACAAACGGGCAGCGUCCAACGCUUUCAUGAUAUGUGGUGUCCUGUAUGUAGUGCGGUCGGUGUAUCAGGACAACGAGAGCGAGGCCGGCAAGAACACCAUCGAUUACAUCUACAACACCAGGUUAAGCAGAGGCGAGCACGUGGACAUUCCUUUCCCCAACCAGUACCAAUACAUCGCCGCAGUGGAUUACAACCCCAGAGACAACCAGCUGUACGUGUGGAAUAACAACUUCAUUCUGCGAUACUCUUUGGAGUUUGGCCCGCCUGAUCCUGCCCAAGUGCCUACUACAGCAGUGACAGUAACUUCUUCAGCAGAGCUAUACAAAACCACAGUGUCAACCACUAGCACUACAUCACAGAAAGGUCCCAUAAGCACAACAUUAGCUGGAGGAACAAAGGAAGGAAGCAGAGGACCCAAGCCACCGCCACCUGUUUCCACAACCAAAAUCCCUCCUGUGACAAGUUUUUUCCCUUUGCCAGAGAGAUUCUGUGAAGCGACUGAGGCCAGGGGGAUUAGCUGGCCUCAGACACAAAGAGGAAUGAUGGUUGAACGCCCUUGCCCCAAAGGAACACGAGGAACUGCCUCAUAUCUCUGCGUGGUCUUAACGGGAACGUGGAACCCCAGAGGCCCUGAUCUUAGCAACUGCACCUCACACUGGGUAAAUCAGCUGGCUCAGAAGAUCAGAAGUGGAGAAAACGCUGCUAGUCUGGCCAAUGAACUGGCUAAACACACCAAAGGACCCGUCUUUGCUGGCGAUGUCAGUUCAUCAGUGAGGCUGAUGGAGCAGCUCGUGGACAUUUUGGAUGCUCAGCUGCAGGAACUACGGCCCAGUGAAAAAGACUCUGCUGGAAGGAGUUAUAACAAGCUCCAAAAACGAGAGAAGACAUGCAGGGCUUACCUUAAGGCAAUUGUGGAUACAGUGGACAACCUGCUCAGGCCUGAAGCUCUGGAGUCCUGGAAGGACAUGAAUUCUUCAGAACAAGCCCAUGCAGCCACAAUGCUACUUGAUACGUUAGAAGAAGGGGCUUUUGUCUUGGCUGAUAAUCUCUUAGAACCAACCAGAGUCUCAAUGCCCACAGAAAAUAUCGUGUUGGAUGUUGCAGUGCUCAUUACUGAGGGCCAGGUGCAGGACUUGAAAUUUCCUCAGGGCAGUAAGGGAGGCAACUCGAUUCAGCUCUCGGCGAGCACCGUGAAACAGAACAGCAGGAACGGAUUAGCAAAACUGGUUUUCAUCAUUUACAAAAGUCUGGGGCGUUUUCUCAGUACUGAAAAUGCAACCAUAAAGCUGGGCAGCGACUUUGCUGGGCGGAAUAGCACGAUCGCCGUCAACUCCCAUGUCAUUGCGGCCUCUAUCAACAAGGAGUCCAGCCGGGUGUACCUGACUGAUCCUGUGCAUUUCACGCUGGAACACAUUGAUCCUGACAAUUAUUUCAAUGCAAAUUGUUCCUUCUGGAACUACUCAGAGAGGACUAUGAUGGGAUACUGGUCAACUCAAGGCUGCAAACUGGUUGACACAAAUAAAACUCACACAACGUGUGCUUGCAGUCACUUAACCAACUUUGCAAUUCUUAUGGCUCAUCGGGAAAUUGUGUACAAAGAUGGAGUGCACGAAUUGCUCCUCACUGUCAUCACCUGGGUGGGAAUUGUCAUCUCUCUUGUUUGCCUGGCCAUCUGCAUCUUCACAUUCUGUUUUUUCCGUGGCCUGCAAAGUGAUCGUAACACUAUUCACAAGAACCUUUGUAUCAACCUAUUCAUUGCUGAGUUCAUUUUCCUAAUAGGCAUCGAUAAGACAGAGUACAAGAUUGCAUGUCCAAUAUUCGCAGGUCUCUUACACUUUUUCUUCCUGGCAGCCUUUGCCUGGAUGUGUCUGGAAGGAGUGCAGCUUUAUCUAAUGUUAGUAGAAGUAUUUGAAAGUGAAUAUUCUAGGAAGAAGUACUAUUAUGUUGCUGGCUACCUCUUCCCUGCUACAGUAGUUGGUGUCUCAGCAGCUAUUGACUAUAAGAGCUACGGAACAGAGAAAGCUUGCUGGCUCCACGUAGAUAACUAUUUUAUCUGGAGUUUCAUUGGACCUGUUACUUUUAUUAUUCUGCUGAAUCUUAUCUUCCUGGUGAUCACAUUGUGCAAAAUGGUGAAGCAUUCAAACACUUUGAAACCAGACUCUAGCAGGUUGGAAAACAUUAAUAAUUACCGUGUUUGUGAUGGCUACUAUAAUACGGACUUACCUGGCUAUGAAGAUAAUAAGCCAUUUAUCAAAUCCUGGGUCCUGGGUGCAUUUGCUCUCCUGUGUCUCCUUGGCCUCACGUGGUCGUUUGGCCUGCUGUUCAUCAAUGAGGGGACUGUUGUGAUGACGUAUCUCUUCACAGUAUUUAAUGCUUUCCAAGGAAUGUUUAUUUUCAUCUUCCAUUGCGCCCUUCAAAAGAAAGUACGUAAGGAAUAUGGCAAAUGUUUCCGACAUUCCUACUGCUGUGGUGGAUUGCCGACAGAGAGUCCCCACAGCUCAGUGAAGGCGUCAACGACGAGAACAAGCGCUCGCUAUUCCUCUGGCACUCAGAGUCGUAUAAGAAGGAUGUGGAAUGACACUGUGAGAAAACAAUCUGAAUCGUCUUUUAUUUCAGGUGACAUCAACAGCACUUCAACACUUAAUCAAGGAAUGACUGGCAAUUACCUACUAACAAACCCUCUUCUUCGACCACACGGCACUAACAACCCCUAUAACACAUUGCUCGCUGAAACAGUUGUAUGUAAUGCCCCUUCAGCUCCUGUGUUUAACUCACCAGCAACCUACAGAGAGACAAGACAUUCACUGAACAAUGCCAGGGAUACAAGUGCCAUGGAUACUCUACCGCUAAAUGGUAAUUUCAACAACAGCUACUCAUUGCGCAACGGAGACUAUAACGACAGCGUGCAAGUCGUAGACUGUGGACUAAGCCUGAAUGAUACUGCUUUUGAGAAAAUGAUCAUUUCAGAAUUAGUGCACAACAACCUGCGGGGCAGCAGCAAGAACCACAACCUGGAGCGCACGCUACCAGCCAAAGCCGUGAUCGGCGGGAGCAGUAGCGAAGAUGACGCCAUCGUGGCAGAUGCCUCAUCUUUGAUGCACAGCGACACCCCCGGGCUGGAGCUCCACCACAAAGAGCUUGAGGCCCCGCUCAUUCCUCAGCGGACUCACUCCCUUCUGUACCAGCCCCAGAAGAAAGUGAAGACCGAGGGAACCGACAGCUACGUCUCCCAGCUGACAGCCGAGGCUGACGACCACCUCCAGUCCCCCAACAGAGACUCUCUCUACACAAGCAUGCCCAACCUCAGAGACUCUCCAUACCCCGAGAGCAGCCCGGACGUUGAAGAAGAUCUCUCCCCCUCCAGGAGGAGUGAAAAUGAGGACAUUUACUACAAGAGCAUGCCAAACCUGGGAGCUGGCCAUCAGCUUCAGAUGUACUAUCAAAUCAGCAGGGGUAAUAGCGACGGCUAUAUAAUUCCCAUUAACAAGGAAGGAUGUAUUCCUGAAGGGGAUGUUAGAGAAGGACAAAUGCAACUAGUGACAAGCCUUUAAUAGUGUAGCAAAGAAAUAUUAAAGGCCACGUACAAGUAUUAAAAAGACUUAAUUGGCCCCACGCAGGCUCCCUCAUAUCUGCUCGAAGAGACAAUUCUGUUGACCCUGUGGUUCUCCAGUAACAGGGAUGACUGGACCUCGCAGUUCUGUGAAUUUUUAUAAAACAAAAACUUUGUAUAUACACAGAGUAUACUAAAAUGAAUUAUUUGUUACAAAGAAAAGAAAUACCAACAAGGUAUUUUAAGAUAUCUUCUGCUGCUGAGUUUAACAAAAUUGUGAAAAAGAAAAAAAAGAGAAAUAAACACUUUCCAGCCAUUUUACUGCAGCAGUUUGUGAACUAAAUUUGUAAAUAUGGCUGCACCAUUUUUUUUCUAGGCCUACAUUGUAUUAUAUACAAGGCGUAGGCUCUAAAAUCCUGUGGGACAAAUUUACUGUACCUUACUAUUCCUGACAAGACUUGCAAAGGCAGGAGAAAUAUUCUGCAUCAGUUUGCAGUUCACUGCAAAUCUUUUCCAUUAGGGCAAAGAUUGAACACAUGUCUAACCACUAGCAAUCAAGCCACAGGCCUUAUUUCAUAUAUUUCCUCAACUGUACAAUGAACCGUUCUCAUGAAAAAAUGGCUACAGAAAUUAUAUUUUGUUCUAUUGCUAGGGUAAAAGAAAUACGUUUGUGUCCAACUGAAAUAUAAUUGUCAUUAAAAAUAAUUUUAAAGAGUUUGAAGAAAAUAUUGUGAAAAGCUCCUGGUUGCACAUAUGUUAUAAGCUGUUUUUCUUACACUCUGUUCAUAGUACGGUAGUAUGUUUAAAAUGGAAGUUCUACCCGUUUUCACUUAUUUUUCACUGUAAACAGCGUUCUGCUUUGACAAGUUAGUUUUUAUUCUUAAUUUUUGAAUUUUUAUUGCCAAACUACAUAAUUUGGGGAGAAAAUUGUUUUAGACGCCAAUUAUGCCAAGCCUUGCACAAAUUUGGUAUAGCUAACAAAGAUUGUAACUCCAUUCCCUGUUCAUUCGUUAAUCAGGGCUGGGUGGUAAGGGGUAAAGGGGACACUGGACACUUCUCACAAGCUUCCUCGUGAAUAAAAGGUGCCUGUCCUUUAAAAAACAAAUAAAUAAAACAUAACUAUUACUCUUCCAUAUUCCUUCUGCCUAUAUUUAGUAAUUAAUUUAUUUUAUGAUAAAAACCUAAUGAAAUGUAAAUUGUUUCAACAAAAAUUCUGCUUUUUUCAUCCCUUUGUGUAAACCUGUUAAUAAUGAGCCCAUCACUAAUACCCAGUGUAAAGUUUAACACCUGUUUGACAGUAAAUAAAUGUGAAUUUUUUUCCAAA